CUGUGGUUGUGGUGAAAACUAAAACGAAAAACGGCGACGGCGAAGCAAACGACUAAAAUUCAAUUAUAAUUUAACCUCUUGUGAAUUGUGUUAGAUGAUUAGAUCCGUAAUCCGUAAAUAAAAUAAAAUUUUCUCUUUCGUAGAUAUAGGUAUAGAUAUAUAAAGCACAAUGUCACAAACGCACUGUGCUGUACAGGGAUGCAAAACAAGUAUUUACAAUAAACAGAUUGGCGUCUAUUUUUUCCCAUGUCCAGUUUCACAUGAAAUGAGAGAUAAGUGGCUACAUGCAUUGAGAAAUAAAUGUGCUGUACUCGAUUGGACCAAAAGUCGCAUUUGCUCCAAGCACUUUGAAAAUAAAUAUUUUGAUUCUCAAAGGAAACUUAAGGAUAUUGCAAUACCAACAUUGUUUCCCAUGGUUCACAAAGGUCCAAAAUAUGAUAAUAAAGAUAAAAUUGACAAAGGUUUAAACAAACUUACCCAGGCAGAACUUGUAAAUGAUAUCAAGAACAAUUUACUUAAACUCAAAGAACCUAUUAACUUUGACAAGAUGGUCUCAGAAGACUUGAAAUGUAGAAUUGAUGCUCCCAUAGAGGUUCAACAAUGGCUUUUGAUAAAGAAACAAAAUCACUUAAACGCAAGAUUAUUGGAGCUUGUAGCCCAAAACAGGAGACAUGUGGAUAUCUUGAAAAAAAAUAUGGAAGAAUCAAGAUCCUCCAAAAAAAACACAGGCCAUAACAUAGAGACAUACAAAUACAUUGUGAAAUGUCUUCAGGAAAAACUGGUGAAUUUAGAGGAACAAAUUGAAAUUUUAACUGCAGUGGAAUCGCGGUAGAUUUAUACAUAUAAUUAGUAAUUUUUUACAAUAAUAAAAUAAAUAACAAAUUUUA